AUGUCUGUCGAUCAGCCUGUUGGGGGCUCAGUCCCGCCAAACACUGCCCAUGCGAUAAGUGUAUCGCUCCCAACAUGGGAAGCUAAUGUGGGAUACGAAGAAGGGGAUGCAAAGAUUAUCAAUGCUAUGACUACUGGCUACCCAAGAUUCUUCAUCCAUAAGAGCAUCCAAUGCCUGGCCAACGAAGUGAUAGCUCGCUUCGGUAGGCAAGGAGAGUCUGCCAUGUUAUUCCCAUCCUCCAAAUCUGCUUCCUGCUGCAAGGACUUUCUCCUGUCAAAGGUGGCUGAGGAAGACAAGCCUGAGAUCCGUGUCAUACGGCUGGCCAUGCCGCCGCAGAUCACCCCGGCAGAGCUCAAUGGCAUCUCUUCGGAAUUAUAUGCUGUGCUUUAUCCCCAGAUAUAUGCUAGCGUUUCGAAGCAGGUAUGGCAACACACUGGAUCUGGGAUUUCUAGCCGGCGCGGUGAGUUUUGCCUCAAAGCAUUGAGAGAUGGCUAUCUGGUGGAAGAAUCUCAGGGGCAUGCUAGAGUUUCAAAGGUCGACAGUGUGAUUCAUAAAGGGCCAAAACGGUACCAGAAGCUUGGAUCUUGCGGUUCAGCAAAGAAAGUAGAGCCCACCAUGGGAGAAAAGUCAGCAAUGCAGGCGUCAGACGGAGGGGAGUUUGGCCAGUUCAUCGAAGAGCGAUUUGGUCGCAACUUGAACAUGUCACUGGCGAACAAUGCAAAGUUGGCAGUUAGACGACGGAUCGCAGGAUCUUUGACGACAGAUGCGGACUCCAAUGUGCCCCCUGAAGUUACUCCCGAACAGGCUCGUAUUUCAGGGCUAAAUGAAGAGCAUGUCUUUCUAUUCCCAACUGGGAUGAAUUCUAUAUUUAAUGUCCAUCAGCUGCUCCUUAGCGCCCGCGGGCCGAUGAAGAGCAUUUGUUUUGGAUUUCCGUACAUCGACACCUUGAAGAUCUUAGAGAAAUGGGGUCCGGGUGUCCAGUUCUACGGUCUUUGUUCGACGGAGGAGCUAGACGAUCUUGAAAGACGGCUGGAGUCAGGAGAAAGAUAUCUUGCAUUGUUCACCGAGUUUCCUGGAAACCCGCUUCUCAGGUCACCAGACCUUGAACGAAUACACUCCCUUUCGAAGAAAUAUGAAUUUGCUGUCGUCGUGGACGAAUCGCUAGGCAACUUUAUCAAUGUGAAUGUUCUGCCCUUCGCGGACGUUGUCGUCAGUAGCCUGACGAAGAUCUUUAGCGGAGAUAGCAAUGUGAUGGGCGGCAGCGCAGUCAUUAACCCUCACGGCCAAUUCUACGGACGGUUAAAACAGGUGCUUGCGAAGGAAUAUGAGGAUGACUACUGGGCAGAGGACGCCGUGUUCCUGGAGAGAAACAGUCGGGAUUUCGUCGUUCGUGUUGAACGGAUUAAUAAAUCAGCUGAGAUAUUGACGUCGUUAUUAGAAGUCUCUCCUUUAACAAAGGAGGUAUACUACCCCAAAAGCAGCCCGACUAAGUGCUUUUACGACAAGUGUCGUAAUCAGGAUGGCGGCUAUGGAGGUCUAUUCUCUGUCACUUUCCAUACGCCCGAAGCAGCUGCUGCGUUUUUUGAUAACCUUUCCGUACUCAAGGGACCCAGUCUAGGGACAAACUUCACCCUAAGCUGUCCGUAUACUAUCCUGGCGCACUAUCAAGAACUGGACUGGGCAAAAUCCUUGAAUGUUCCCUCUGAUCUGGUGCGAAUCAGCGUUGGCCUUGAAGAUGUAGACGACAUGAACAAGCGGAUCACAUAUGCCCUUGAGGCAGUAGAGAGACUGGGUAAAGGCACUUGA